UCGGGCGGCGUGCGUCACGCCGUAUAAAUGGCGCGUGUUGACAUUGCCUCGGCAUUCGCUCGGGCUCGCAGCAACAAGUAGUCUGUCUCUUCAUUCCUUCGCUCUCGAUUCCUUCAUCUACCUGUUGAUCAGUGCGUGCAUUGACAUCAAAACAUCGACUUUGGGAAUUGUUCAUUCAAUCUCGUGUGGACUAUAAACAACAAUGGCUGACACAGCUGUCGCAUCGCCCAUGAAAAUAGACCUCAAUAAUCGAAAGAACAAGAAGCCACUGAUGGAGAAGCGGAGACGAGCUCGCAUCAACAGCUGCCUGUCUCAGCUGAAGAGUCUGGUGCUGCAAGCCAUUAAAAAAGAUAGCUCACAGUUUUCGAAACUCGAGAAAGCCGACAUCCUGGAACUGACCGUGAAGCACUUGCGGGCCCUCCAGCGUCAGCAGGCAGCGGGUGCCAUGACCUCUGACCCCUCCGUCGUGAGCAAGUACCGGGCCGGCUUCAACGAAUGCGCCAAAGAGGUCAUCCGGUACAUGAGCUCUGUGCGUGACGUCAGCGACGAGAUCAAAGACAGGGUGGUCGGUCACUUGGCCGGCUGCCUACAGGUGGUCAACCACAUGACGCCCCCGCACUCCGAGGCCAUGGCUGCCCCUCACCCCCACUGCCUGAAGCCGCUGCACGUGCACAUACCGCAGCAGCAGCCGCUGACCGCAGCCAUGCCCGCCCCCGCACUGCUGGUGCCCCAGGGGGUCCUCCCAGCCGCUCUCAGUCUCACUCCCUCCUCCAUCAGCUCAACCUCCUCAUCACCUCCUCUGUCCUCCUCUCCCGGUACGCAGACUCUGUCGCCGGUCACCGCCGUGUCCCUCCCGGCAGCCAUACAGACCGCCGCCACCAUGGUGCCCUCGUCAACGGCCACAACCUCGCACACGGGUCUUCCGGGUCACAUCUCGGGUGCCUUCAAGAUCGUGCCCAGCUCGUCUUGCCCUGCCGGGGCCGUCGCCCUGUACCUCGGAGGUCCCAGCGCGGGUGGCCGGACGGGUGACUUAGGUGUGGACGCCGUGCCCGUGUAUUCUCUCCCCUUGCCCCAGGUCGACGGUGCCGUCACAGCCUUCGUCCCGCCCGUGACAUCAGCGCAGGCCAUCCCCGCUCAUCACGUGACGUCACACCAGCUCACGCACGUCACCAACACUCUGUCGUCGUCGGUGAAACAGGAAUACCUGUCAUGCGCAGUCGACCUGCGCCAGCACAGCAAAGUGAUGAAGCCGAUCUCCAUGGACGUGGACCGCAGCCCGCUGCCCGUCAGUCUCGGUCACUGCACUCAGGCCUCGCUGUCCGACGAGAAGCUAUGGCGACCCUGGUGACGUCAUGUUGGUGUCCCUCAGACAUUCUGGACGAUGUUAACACGUGUGUGACUUUGAAAAAAUGGGCGGGGGUACCUUUGUCACGUGAUCAAACUUUCUUCAUUGACUCGCCAGUCUUCCUGGCUGUUGGCUGGAUAACUGUUACCAUAGCAACAAAGCAUUCCUGCGGUCAUAGGCCUCGACAAUCCAACACUAAAAAACAGAUUGACACUUUGAAGUGUUUUCGCUCAUUAUUGUUCGAGAUGUGACUGACACUGACUUGGCACUUGUCUCACAGCAUAGAGACAUGUCAUGGCAAGAUGGCGUUGGUGAUGAUCUGUUAGAGUUGACAUUUAUUUUCUGUCGGCAGCACUCGUCUCCUUAUCUGACUGCUCACUGCAAAAAUCACUUCAGUGACUAAGGAAUGUUGACUUGUGUGUGGGUGAGGUGGGUACAUGUCAACAGAGGCGUACAUACCAUUGUUGCCCCUCCCCACCCCCACCGAGUGAUAACAAGUGACCUUUGUACACGUGACUGCAUGUCGCCCUCGAGCUUGGGACCAAUCAAGCCUUAUUGCUGCUACAUUUACAGUUGUUACAGUUGUUACAGCCUUGGUGUGAGUUGUGUGGUUGUUUGCGUGUUGAGAGUGUAGGAGUGUAUCCUGUGGUGUAAGUCAGUGAGUGUAUCCUGUGGUGUGAGUGUAUCCUGUGAUACAAAGUGUAUCAAAGUGCUAUUUGGCGAGCGCGUGAUGUGUGUGGCUGGUGUGAGCGAAGAUCGGCACGCAUGAACUAUGAACUGCACGUGCCUUGCUGACAAAAUGUUUACAUUGUUAUGUUUCAAGAAAAAUUCUAUGAAAUACAAAUGAAAAGUACAAAUCUAA